AUGUUCGGCUUUGGAGGUUGCGGUGGAUUCGGUGGAAGCCAAGGCUUCGGUGGUCAUCAGGGCUUCGGCGGAGGCUUUGGCGGCCAGAACUUUGGAGGCUUCAGCCAAGGCAUGCAAGGAGGUAUGCAAGGUGGAUUCAGGCCCUCGAUGCCGGGCCAAGGCGGGUUCGGCGGAGGACAGCAAUUCAGUAGUGGCGGAUUUAGUGGCAACCAAGGUUUCGGCAGCAAUAUGCAAGGCAUGCAGAACGGCAUGCAAGCAUCACGCCAAGGUCAGGGUCAAGCCCAGGGCCAGAGCGGCUACAGCAGUCAGCAAGGAGGCUACGGCGGCCAACCCGGGUACGGCGGCGGCUACCAAGGCGGAUACGGUCAAUAG